AUGUCUGCAAUGGACAGUCCUCCCCGAGAGCUGUCAAUCAUCGAGAGGCUCAGUAGAUUUGCCAUCUUUGCUAAACUUUUUAAAAAUUUGAAGUUGGAAAAAAAGAAAUCGACCAAUGAUAUCAUAGCAGAUAUUUUGGAGAACCUGUCUUCCCUCUCUGCCCCCUCACUGCCUACAACGACAUCAACUCAGGCUGAAGACAACCGCAUCAAUAAUAAUAAUAAUAAUAAUAAUAAUAAUAAUAAUAAUGACGUCAUCAUUAAUAAUAAUAACAUUUUCAAAACAAGUAGUUCGUCACUGGCGUCAUCAUCGUCAGCGUCUUUGAAUAGAAAAGGGAAUUUAUUUUUAAGAUCCGGCGCAGGCCAUCAUCAUCAUCAUCGAAGACUGCUCUCACUUAACAAAUAUAGAAUCCCCAACAACAACAACAACAAUUUGAAGCGCCAGGAACAUCAAUUCUCAUCGUCAUCGUUGCAGCAGAUAUCAAUGACAACAUCAGCUACAACAACGACGUCUAGAUCCAUUUUUAAUCAUCUGCCAUUGAAAAAGUCCACAUCGCUGAUCCCUGUCGUUGGCAGUUACGACGAGGUACCUGUCCACGAGCCCAACUUGGAGAGGCAUCCAUUCAAAAGCGCCAUGAAGGGCUCGAGGAGUUUACAGAAGUUACAAAAAAACAACAACAACAGUAACAACCUCAACAACAACAUCAGCAACAACAACAGUAACAACCUCAACAACAACAUCAGUAACAACAUCAGCAACAACAUCAACAACAACAUCAGUAACAACAUCAACAAUAUAAACAUCGAUAAUCGCCGGUCUAAUUCAUUGCCAAGGACCGCAAUAGUUAGCAAUGCAUUGAGGUCAAGGACAUUCGAGGAUGUUGACGUGUGUGACGAUGAGGGUUACAACAAACUUGUCCUUAAGAGACAUUUGAAUCACCGGUUAAGCCUAAGACCAACACUUCAAGAACUGAUAGCCAAGCAUAUAAUCUACAAACAGACUGUAGAAGAACGAGAGAACGAGAAAGAAGAAAAGAAAAGAACUUUGUUGAGGAAGCUGAGCUUUCGACCGACAGUGGAGGAACUGAAGGAGCGAAAGAUCAUAAAAUUUAACGAUUUCAUCGAGGUGACAAACGCCGAAGAAUAUGAUAGGACGGCCGACAAACCUUGGACACGCCUCACUUCAAGAGAUAAGGCGGCCAUUCGGAAGGAGUUGAAUGCCUUCAAAAGCACCGAGAUGCCUGUACAUGAAGGCAGCAAACAUCUCACUAGGAAGCUGUGGGCUGUGAGGGAAAGACAAUGA